AUGGGACCUCCGCCUUUCGCAGCGAACGUGGAGGGUCGCAGCACCAUCGCCGACGCCGACACGACCGACAGGAUGAACGCCGCCGUGAUCGACGACGGGAUCGCUCGUCUUCGCGUUCCAGUGGGAACUCGCCAGGGGAUGCUUCUGCCCCACCUCCACGCCACCACCAUCAAGGCGCUGCUGGCUCUACUGGUGGCCACCGUGGCCCUGGCGCUGCUCAUCCACAGGCUGACAUUCCCCAUGACGAACGGGCACGACUCGCUGCAGCCGCUGAUCUCGCACCGACGUUCCCUGACCAUGAACGACCCCCACCACGACCUGAGGCCCCACACAGCCGCCCCGAUCCUCUUCAACGUGAUGGCCGCUGUCACGGCGGCCUUCCAGCAGCAGCUCGGGGGGAUGUGCACCGAGGUCAACACUAUUAUGGGCACGGUGCACUCCAACAUGCGGGACACGGUGCCUGAGCUCAUGCGCUCCCAGGCGGCUCCGUUGGACGGUCAUGAUCACGACAUCAGGCGGCUCCAGGAUAAGACCGACACCAUGGCCCAGGACCAGAAGGUGCUCCGCGACGACCUGGACGCCGUGCAGCGGAGCUUUGCCCAGGCCCAAACUGCUCAAGACACGGCCAUCGACCUGGCCAGGCUCGCCACCUACGACCGCCCCGCCGACCCGAGCGUCUUCCGCAUCGGCUGCUCUCAUCCCAUCGCCUUCAGCGAGAUCGAGGUGGCCAUCGCCGAUUGGGUCAAGGACGCGGGCCUGGAGUCCA